AUGGCCGAGAUCACAACUCAGCAAUCAGAGGAGCAUAGCAAGCAUGAGCAGAGCCCCCAGGCGGACUCAGAGAGCCUCCAGGCUGGUGUCCAGAGGGCAGAGCAGUUGCGAAGAAUCUGGUCCAAGACAGGCUUGAUUAUCGCUUUUGUUGGCCUGUUUCUGGCCACUUUCGCCGUCAACUUUGCCGACUAUUCCACCCAGGUGUACACCGCAUAUACAACGAGCGCCUUCAAGCAACACUCGGCUAUGAGUGCUGCCCGUGUGGUUAUGAACAUUACCCGCAUUGCUUCAUAUCCGAUCAUUGCUAAAUUGGGCGAUGUGUUUGGCCGAGCUGAAAUGUUUAUCCUCUCAAUCAUCGCCCAGGUACUCGGCUAUGUCAUAUAUGCAUGCUGCAAGAACAUCUCACAGUAUAUGGCCGCCGGAAUCUUCGAAGCCAUCGGUUCAACAGGUUAUGCCCUUACCCAGCAAGUAUUCGUCGCCGACGUAACGAAUCUACUCAAUCGGGGUAUCUGGUCAACACUGCCCGACUCCCUGACCACUAUCCCGGCAUUAUACCUGGGCACGAUCGUUGCGCAAGACAUCCUCGACCACUCGACAUGGCGCUGGGGAUGGGGUAUGUGGGCAAUUGUGCUGCCCGUCGCCGCAGCACCCUUGGUUGGGAGCAUGGUCCUUUACCAGCACCGUGCCCCUCGACGUGUCCGCAUCAGUACGGCUUUGGGUUGGAAGCGCGAGGAUCCCUGGUGGCGUCGGGUCUACGAUCUCCUGUGGAUCCAACUAGAUCUGCCGGGAGCCGUGCUACUUUUGUUAGGGCUGUCACUGUUCUUGAUCCCACUGUCCUUGACUGGUUCGGGCAACAGUGGUGCCUGGCGACACAACGGUUCUUUCAUUGCCAUGCUUGUCAUGGGCGUGGUUUUUGUGAUUGCCUUCCUGGCGUGGGAUGCUUGGUUCGCGAAGAAGCCUUUUGUCCCAUACCGGAUGAUCCGCAACCGCACCGUGGCUGCUGCUUGUCUGCUAGGCGCCUUGGACUUUUUCCACUACUCCGUAUUCACGGUGUUCUUCACCAGCUACCUGCAAGUAGCUGGGCACUUUGAGGCUGGAAAUGCCACACGGAUUGACAACUCCCUGAGAGUAGCUUUCCAAGUGGCAGGAAUCUUCGCCUCACUGUUCAUGAAAUACACCCGUCGCUCGCAGAUUUGGGUUCUUGGGGGCGUCCCGCUCUGUGUGCUCGGUAUGGGCAUUGUUCUUUACCUCGUGGAUAUGGGUAAUGGCAAAACAGGAAGCGAGGCGGCAUUUGUCACGGCUAAAUCGCUGGUCGGAAUCGGGCGUGGCUUCUACCAGACCGCGGCCCAAGUCUCCGUCCAGGCCGUUGUGUCUAGACAGGAAGUCUCCGUCGUGACGGCAGUAUUCUUUGCUUCCAUGAGCGUAGGAGGAGCCAUUGGAACUAGUGUGGCUGGCGCCAUCUGGCGAAGCACCCUCCCCAAGAAGCUAGAGCAAUACCUUCCCGAUGCGCUCAAAUCCCAGGCGCACACCAUCUUCAGUUCUAUUGUUGUGGCGAAGAAGUAUCAACCUGGCACGGCUGCUCGUGAUGCUAUUGACCGGAGCUAUCGGGAGUCCCAGCGCCUUUUGGCGAUUGCUGCUCUGGCGGCUCUAGCUCCGAUGUUGAUUGUGAUGUUCUUCCUGCGCAAUGUACAUCUCGACGCGCAAGAUGAGGAGGGAGGGGCUACUACUGAGACUCCUGUCGAAAAGGGCCACGAAGACAUCCAGGCGGAGAAGAGUGCUAGGGCAACUUCGACUCCUGCCGGUGUUGAGAAUAGCUAUCGAGCCGAAGAGUAG